AUGCUCAUGUGCCCGGUAGCCAUGGCGCACACCGGGUGGAUGGAGAGCGCAGACUCGAAGCAGGUCGUGAAGAAGCUGCAGGGAAUCAUUGCACAGACCUUCUCAGGCUCGCAAGAUCCAGAGGCCACUGACUGCCUCCAUGUGAUUGACUAUUUGGCCUCCAGCCUUCCAGACCCUGCCUUCAAGGCAAGCUUGCAGAGCUUGUUCACGACUGCAAGGCACCUCAGCCCAGGUUGGGUGCCCCCAGUAGCAGUCACACAAGCGCCAGCAGCACCUGCAGCAAUGCAGGUUGUGGACGGAUGGCUCUCCAUUUGGGCAUUGGGGCAUGCUGACAGCUCAGCUGUCAAAGGAAGGUCGAACAUGGUGAGCAUCCUCGAGGUUGCCUUUUCCAUUUUGGAGAACACCUUCAACUCGGCACAGAGUCCAGUUGCUGUGUUGUUCCACGAGGUUCCGGGGCAGACCAUCACUGACUUUUCAGUGAGAUUGAGUGUGGGCUUUACCAGGGUCUUGGCUGCAAAGGUGGUCCUGCUUGCCAUGAUGCAGCUUUGCCAGGAAGAAGUCAGCCAUGUGCUUCCUGUCCUCUGUUCAUUGUUCUUUGUGAAGUUCACAUACAACCCAGCUCCCUCAGAUGAGCUACAGCGGUGCAGAUCCCUGGCUGCCAAGUUCCAAGUGAGUGAGAGCACCCGCCCAGACCCCAUCCAGAUCUUCCACACCUUGUCUGAAGGUUUGAAAAGGGCGGGCGCCGAUGUGACCACAGGCUUGCCUGGAAAGAUGAAAGAGUACAAUGCCAUGACCAAUGUGCAAAGUCAGUCCAUAAGUGACCUGGAAGCUCGUGUAGUUUGCGCCCUUCCCUGCCAGACAGAGGAGUUCCGCAAGGGCCUGGCGUACCACUGGCAAAACUACAAGAACGCCGAGAGCGCCGUCCCCAUGAAAAUGUUCAACUUCCUGAAUGCUGACAUGCCUCAAGAAGCCUCUGGCGUUUGGAAAGAUAUCUUGUCGCCAAGCCCGGAGAAGAAUGAGGAGUUCCUUCUUCACUUGGUUGCGGUCUUUCUGAAGAAUCUGAAGGAUCUCAUUCGCUUGAGGAAGAAGCCGAACCUGCGCUAUGGUGCGUCCAAGCUACGGGUGGGUGACCCCGUCAGCGCCUACCGUCAGGCGUGCCUGUGGGUGCACUUCCGGCCGCAGAUGCAGCAGGAGAUGAGCAAUCAAGAGUUCGAGCACCUUCAGAAGUUGUUCCGCAGAGAGGGUUUUGAGAGAGAGCUUACUGACCGGGUCAAGCCCAUGAAUCCCACCCUCAAAUUGCAGAACUUCCGCUUCAUCUGUGUCCAUUUGGGCAGGGAUGCGCCUGUGAAAGAGCAGUCGCAGCUUGAUGAGGCGCAGGAGGAAGCAGAAUUGCAGCAGGAGAAGGCAUCCUUGCGGCUCUUCGAGGCCAAGCUUGAGAAGGACCAGUCGACCUGGGUCAAGUACAAGGCUGCUUUGUAUGAGUACAGCUCCACGCAGCGGAUCGGCAAGGUCGAGUUUCUGCGGGCCCAGGAUCAGGAGUUGACAGCAAAAGCGGCAGAGCUGCAAGACGGCACCCUUCCUGUGAAACUCCUCUCAAAGGGUGAGCACAUUGCUCCAUUUGUGGGGCAAGCCUCGGCUGCAUGGCUGGAAAGUGUGAUGAUUGCUGCCCCGGCAGCCUUCACCGUGUACAUCGUGAACCUCACGAGCCUGGGCUCUGCUGCCCUCCGGGCCGGCCCGGAAUGUGUGCGUGUGAUUGCAGAUGCAUGCGCCCACUGCCCAGAGCGCGCCUUCGCCAUUUUGAUUGGCCCAAAUGUAGCAGGCCAUGGGCACACUCAUGAUGACACUUAUUGUGAGAAAGCCCAAGAUGACACCGCGCAGUUGCUGAAGCAAGAGGAGCACGGUCUGCGAGUUCGCCGUGGGCAAAUAGUGUUUGGACAGGACAGCAUUUCCAGCCGCACAAGGUCUGGCGCCCACAUCAUGUGGAUGUGCAUGAGCAACCAAAGGAAGAAUGAGAAUGAGGUGGCCUGCGAGUUUGAGAAAAGCAGCCUUUGGCACAGGCGUGUGAUUGCCGGAGUUCAGAUGAAGCCAAAUGGGGAGUUCGUCUUGCCAUUCGCAGGCGUUCCGCCCACAUCUGCAGAAAACCUUGCCAAGGCACAGAUGUUCAAGCAGCACAUCAGUGGUGUUGACUUGAUCAACAAGUUCAAGGAAAGCCUAUGGAAAGGGAUGCAGGUGAACCCGAAAAAUGGCGCUGUCUAUGUGGAUGUUUUGCCAUAUGAUGACUCUGUCCUCCUGUCCACUGUGCAAAGUCUUUCCAAAUCCAAGCCCAAAGAGCCACAGGAGAUGGUGAUCACGUGUGUCUGGGCCCGUGGGGACCAGGAGCAAGACAAGCGCAGGUCCAACGCGGACUGGCUGAAGGACUCCACACGCAGAGCCAUUGACAGGACGGUGAGGGGGAAGCUGUUGAUCAUCCCUGGGCAUCAGCUUCGCGAUUUCCAGCCUGAGGGGUCCACACCAGUGAAUGACACGAAGCUUUACCACUUGACCUUCCCAACUGCCGAUGGGCACUUGGCUUUCCGGCAAAAAGCCCUGGACGAGUGGGGCCCAAAGUUUGCGAGGCUGAAGCAAGACUAUGACAAGUCGACGGAGAAGCACAAUCGGGAGUUCAACCCUUCUGGCACUCCCUUUAAAGGAGAUGCGCAAAACAAGCGCGCGGCGCCGCUGGAGGACAUCGAGGCUGAGGGUGACCCCUUCCCAGAGGAGUGCGUGGUUGAUGCAG